CCCGCCCGCGCGGGGCGCCGGGGGACCAUGGCCGAGGCGGCUCCGGCUCCGGCCCUUGAGCAAGAUAUACAGUCUGCAUCCUUGAGAGCUUUGCUGACCUCCCCAGCUCUGCAGGUGUCUCCUGAGAAGGACUCAUGCUUGCACUCUCCAGAGAUCACCCUGUGGACUGUGGUGGCUGCCAUUCAAGCUGUGGAAAAAAAGGUGGACUUGUGCCUGGCCCGAUUAUUCACCUUAGAGGGUCGGACAGGGACAGCAGAGAAAAAGCUGGCAGACUGUGAGAGGGUAGCUGUGGAGAUUGAAAACCAGCUGGAGGGCAGGUGGGCCGUGCUGGGCACCCUGCUCCAGGAGUACGGACUGCUGCAGAGGAGGCUGGAGAACAUGGAGAACCUGCUGAGAAACAGGAACUUCUGGAUCCUGCGGCUCCCCCCAGGCAGCAAGGGCGAGGUCCCCAAGGUGCCCCUGACGUUUGAUGAUGUGGCCGUGUAUUUUUCGGAGCAGGAGUGGGGGCAGCUGGAGGAGUGGCAGAAGGAGCUUUACAAGCAUGUGAUGAGGGGCAACUAUGAGAUGCUGGUCUCCCUGGACUAUGCUGUUUCCAAGCCUGAUAUUCUCUCUCAGAUCGAGCGAGGAGAAAAACCAUGCCAUAAGGACCAGUGGGGCUCAGAUGAGGAAGUGUCAUGUCCUGGAAAACUAAGUACUAACCUACCUUCUGCAGAGUAUAUUUCCAAGCAACUUCAACCUGCCCAAGAGGAAACAAAGGAAGAACCAGUUCUCACAGAUCCUCCAGACUCAGAAGCACAAGCAAGCCCAACUGAACCAAGCCUACCUGAGCCCCCCCAAGCUGGCAUCAAUGUUUUGUCCUCGAUUAAACAGGAGGAAGAACCACCAGAUGGGGAAGAAGCAUCAGUCUUCCCACAGAGGGAAAUCCUGCCCUACCUGAGACUUGAUGAUGAACUUGUGAGCAUCAAAACAGAGAGUCAAGUGGAUGAGGCACUUCCGCAGCAGCUAGACUUGGGGCAGGGCUCCAGCGAAGCAGAACACACAGUUCCUGCCGAAGGCAGAGAAGACACAGCAGAGCCAAGUGAGCACCCCCGCCCUGGUCUCCCAAAGGGUCGGGUGAGGGAGAAGCCCCCACCUCCUGCUGCUAGUGAGCCACCUCGUGUCCUCCCACGCCGGAGAGAGCGGGCCUUCCCGUGUCCAGACUGUGGUCAGAGCUUCAGGCUGAAGAUCAACCUGACCAUUCACCAGCGGAGCCACUUGGAGGAUGAGGACUGGGCAGUCCAGGGCAGCUGGCCAGACACGUGGGGAGGGCCUCCUGCCUCCUUGGAGCCAGGUGAGGUGGUGGUGCCUGGCCCCAUCGUCCAGUGGCUCCCCGACGAGGCAGAGAGCCACCAGGCCCUGGCUGGGAGGCCGUGCCAGGAGCAGCGGCCUUCAUCCACCCGGACGUCCAGGCUUUACCACUGCAGCGAGUGCCUGCGCUUGUUUGAGCAGCGGAAGAGCCUUUUGCUGCACCAGCGCCUGCACACAGGCAACAGCCGGGGCUGUCCCACUUGCUCCUAUUGUGGCAAGGGUUUCCGGCGACCCUCAGAUUUAUUCCGGCAUCAGCGCAUCCAUACUGGUGAACGGCCCUACCAGUGCUCUGAGUGUGGUAGGACUUUCAAUCGCAAUCACCACCUGGCUGUCCACAUGCAAACCCACUCCAGAAAGCAUCAGGAUAGUCCUCACUGUGCCAAAAAAGGAAGCCUGGCCCUGGCCCGCCCCAGCCGUGCUGAGGAAGGUUGAGCCCAAAGGGCCCCUGGGGUGGGGUAAACUCUUCACCUUCCAGUAGGGCCCUCCAGCACCUGUAGUGGCAAGAGCCUGAUGUCUUCAUGCUGCUGCUCGACAUGGAGAAUGGUGAAGCCCAUUAUCUCCACCUGCCUGGCAUUGUUCUCUCUGUUUCACAGAACUCUUGCCCUAGGACAAUUUAGGGAAGGUUUUCUUUUUUUUUGUACUAGAACAUUGGGCAGGUGACACAUAAUUGGAAUCAUGAGUGUGGUCAGACACCUACAUUUUCUAUUCUGUAAGUCUGCUAUCUGUCCCUCGGGGUCACUGAGCCUGGAGGGUCAAAAGAGAUGGAAAUGGGCUCUUGGGGGGAGGGAGUCCUUAGCACUGGGCCCAAUUGGUAGGCCGGGACCUAGGUGUGCAAAUUGGCCCCUCUCACAAGCCCCACUGUAACCCACCUUGGCACUUCCUCACUCCCCUUCCAUGGACUUCCCACUGAAGCUCUGAAAUGGGCCCAGGUACUAUUUUGUAUACUCGGGCCUCCAGAGCAAUGUGCAUUUGGGUUUAUAGUGUCCCUGAGGAAAAUCACUGUCAUGAUUUUUCCUUUUUUGUUGUUCUGAUAUAUUUGUCUUGAAUUUCUUUUUCCAA